AUGUCUGACGGCGGCCCUGGGCACCUCCAGCCGCCGUCUCUCUCUGCCCACGACGUGUCGCCGCUGAUGGGCUCGCUCUCUAAUGUGCUCGCAGGAACUUCUCACCACGCCGGCCACAGGUUGCCCACCAUUCAGCCUGCAUCGCCGCCGAACAAAGGCGCGCCGCACGCUUCCACGACGCCCCCGCGCCCUGCCUUCUUUUCCGUAGCCAGGGGCCACCCACAUGCGACUGCCAUUGCCAGCUCUGGCUCCUCGACUACCGAAUCCUUCUCCGAGUUGACGUCGUCGUCGUCACGGGACUCGCUUCCCAAUCCCCCCGGGCGCAACGCCCCUACCACGCCCCAGAAACAGGCGCGCACCACCAGGCGGAAACACUCGAACAAGUCCACGGGCCGAUGGAGUAGGGGAGGCGGCUCGUCAGAUGAUACCGGCUCCGACCGCAAACCGCCCACUUCGCAGCCCGUAGAGCCCGCGCAGAGCGCUGCUCGCUCACCCCCGACUGCGUCCAAGACGCGCCAGCACCCCUCUAUUGCUACCAACACCGCCGCGACGAGCCAGCCGCGAUUCAUGGCAACAACCUUUGGCGGUCCUUCGGGUGAUACGCGACGGGGAGUCGUCUCUCCUCGCCCUAAGGGACGCGAAGCGAAGAACACCCUCUGCCGCAAUGUCACCAUCUACGGACACUGCCGGUACGAAAACACCUGCCCCUACAUCCACGACACCCUCAAGCUGGGCCAGAACGAAAACGCCAAAAAGAGGUUUAAUGUCGACUCUCCUUCCUUCACGCCUCUGCAGGCGAGCACCAAUGGAUCUGUGACCCCGUCUUCUCGCAGUGCCGCUAUCUCGCCCAAGGCGGCCAAUGCUGCCGUCUUCACUCCCAAAUCGCAACGCUCCGCCGUCACCACCCCACAUAUGCACGCGAAAGAACCCGCCAUUGAUUGGAAUUCACAUGACUUCCAAGAUUUUGUCCCGCAGUCUUUUGAGGGUCAGCAGAUGGUGGACCCUAAUGUGGGCUACGAUCCUUUCAGCACACCGUCCAGCAUUUCUACCCUGGCAGGUGCAACCCACCAAGCUGCUACCAUCAACCCGUAUGCACAAGAUGCUUCGACGACGUAUUUCCAGAACGCCAACGCGUUUCAAACUCCAGCAUACCAUCUGUACUGGCCGGUAGGGCCUCAGCCGACGGGUCUACUUGCUUACCAGCGUACUGCACAUGAUUUCUUCAUACCUGACGCUCUUCGGGAAGAGUUGCAAAAGAAGGCGGAUAUUGCACGUCAGGUCGCACCGAAUAGUACUUUGCCGGUCAUUGAGCAGUUUCACUCCUUGUUUUGUUUAGACAUGUCACCCCAGAAGAACACGGCUCCAUUUGGGUACGCCAGCUGGAUCUACAAAGCUGUGUCAAGCAAAGAUGGCAAGACGUAUGCGCUACGCCGUCUGGAAAACUUCCGCCUUACAAGCGAGACUGCAAUUCGCUCCGCCCAGCCAUGGAAACGCGUUUUGAACGGCAAUGUGGUUACAAUCCACGAAGCGUUCACUACUCGAGCUUUUGGCGAUAGUUCUCUAAUCUUAGUCACGGACUACCAUCCAAAUUCGAAGUCACUUGCUGAUGAGCAUUUCAAGCCGGUGCAGCGUUUCCACGGGAGGCAACCUGCAUCGUCGCACGUACCGGAGCAAGUGUUAUGGGGCUACAUUGUUCAAAUUGCAUCGGCUUUAAAGGCCAUACACGGUUCGGGUCUCGCAGCGCGCCUCAUCACACCUUCGAAAAUACUGUUGACGUCAAAGAACCGGAUACGACUCAACGCAUGCAGUAUUAUGGACAUAGUCCAGUUUGACAAUGCGCGUCCCGUGCCCGAACUGCAAGCAGACGACCUUGUUCAGCUAGGACGACUAAUACUUUGCAUCGCGAACAACAACGCCACAGCCCACUUGCAGAUGCAAAAGUCGAUGGACUAUAUCACUAGAAGUUAUACAGCCCGUCUCAAGGAGUGCGUGCAAUGGCUGCUCAACCCUCAACCAGCACCAGGAGCACCAUCGUCCCCUACAACACCGGCGCCGAUGCAGAAAGACAUUGACACGUUCCUGGGAGGUAUUGCCGACCAAUUUGCAUCGGUCUUCGACAGCGAGCUACAUGCCCAGGACACGCUUACAGUGAACCUCGGAAAAGAGUUGGAAUCGUCGAGACUGGUCCGUCUGCUGGUCAAGCUCAAUAUGAUCAACGAGCGACCCGAGCUAGACGCUUCUCAAAACAUGCCCGGCAACAGCGGCGCAAACCCGUCUUCGGUAUGGGCAGAAACUGGAGAGCGCUACUACCUCAAGCUGUUCCGCGACUACGUCUUCCACCAAGUAGACGCCAACGGACACCCAGUCACCGACCUCGCGCACGUCCUCGACUGCUUGAACAAGCUCGACGCCGGGACCGACGAGAAGAUACCGCUCGUCAGCCGCGACGAGCAAAACGUGCUGAUAGUGAGCUACCGCGAAGUAAAGCGGGCACUAGAAUCAGCAUUUCAGGACCUGGUCCGGGCGGGACGUGUUUCGGGGAAAUAG